AUAACGAAAAAGUACAGUAAACUUGCCUGUACAGCCCUAACCAGGCGCUCCUGACGCAGCAGCUGCGCCUCUGACGCACCGAGCUCUGAUUGGUUGGAGGGACCGACAGCAAACCGAUGCACUUAAACAAAUUAUUCUCGACUGGAGGACGAGCAGAAAAGUGGGGAGGGAUGAACCCACACCGCCAUCCGCGCUCGCCCAUCUCUUUCAAUUAAAGCCUCCGCGUGUGUUUCCGCUCUGGCGGCCACACCCACGCUGCUCUUCUGCCCGACUCCCCCAGGAUAUUUUUAGCGCUGAUGAGGCGCCCCGUCGAUCCACGUAACGGAAACAUCAGAUCGAGAGACCAGAGCUUCCGAGAUGAGACCGGAGGUUCGUUUGGUGUUCGGCGCGUUGGUGGUGAUCACCGGAUCCCCGCAGGCAGCAGAUCUGCAGCCUCCCGCCCCCACCUUGGCCUUACCCCUCAGCCAUGAGACUUCAGAACCUACAACCGCUCCCCCAGUGGAAGGUUCCGUCCAUCCAGAGAGUCCCACAAACGAAGAAAUGACCGCUAAUUUCUCCAUCUCAAACCACACAGUAGCUUCACCAACUUACUCUGAUACAACUGCUCACCCUGACGCCCAAUCCCUCUCAGCUGCUGCAGACAGCCUUUCAUCCACGCUGACCUCUCUGAGCUCCACCUCUAAACAGGCCCCGACUGCUGAGGGCAGAACCCUCUUGAGCAUCUUUUCAUCUCAGUCAGUCGCCAUGGCGCACAGUUCCACCCCCCCCACCCCCACACAGCCAUCAACAGUAUCUGCAGCCUCCAAACAAACCCUAACCACAGCGAUAGGUCAGGCCUCAGCAGGGCCGACGCACCAGGAUGUUCCAUCUGAGCUGAAUGUCGGAGAUGAAGACCUGAGGGGUUUCCACCUCCACAAAAACUCUCCACUUGAUCCCCUGCUGGCUGGCCUGCUCUCGGUCUUCAUUGUCACCACUGCCGUUGUCUUCAUUGCCCUCUUCCUCAAGUUCCGUCAGCGCAUGAAUCACCCGGAGUUCCACCGUUUGCAGGACCUUCCCAUGGAUGAUCUGAUGGAGGACACGCCACUCUCCAGAUACUCCUACUGAUGGAAACAUGUGGUUCUCAUUGGUGCUCACUCCAUGCAUUUGAAACAACAGCUGAACAGGCCCUUUAGAUGUGAGGAAAAGCUUUCUAUGAAAGGCAGCAGCAUCAAGAGUCAAAAGUUUGCAUCUGUGGAUGAAAAGAGUCAGUAUCGACCCAGCUACAAAGGAGUUUCGUAAUGUAAAUCCUUUAAACUGAGAUUCCAGCUCACGUUAACAUUCGUCCACAUUCCCUUUGUUGCUCUGGAGACUGUCAGGAACCUGUUGCUGUUGUUACAAACCAACAGAAAAAAAGGCACAGCUGCUGCUGCGUUGACUGUCUCCUCGUGAGCACUUUAAUGCACCACAAAUGGUCAUACUGCCCCCUAGGGGACAGGUAGGGUAGUGUUCACUUCUGGUUAAUAAGAUCAGAUAUUUACAGUAAACAGAGCGACAUGCAGCCACAGACUGGAUAUGUUAGAUUUUUUAAGGCCUUCAGGGGGGGUUUGAUGACCAAAUAUGAAUAAGUGCACUUUCGAACUGCUGCCUUAAAGGAAGUUGUAAAGACAACUUCAGAAUAAGAGAAAAAAAUGAGACAGAAAGGCUAACAGAAAAUACUACUUCAGAACAUUUAUCCAGGUUAUGUGACAAAAUCUAGUGCUACAGCUCUGAAUGCUAUAACCUAUAAAUGUAUUAAACCUGUAUAGUCCUAGUUUGACAGUAGUGUAAAACUUGAAAUUAUAAUUUUUGCGAGGAACGUUGCUCAGAUGUCUCAUGAAAAUGUUGGUUUUGGAGCUUUUGACCUGGUGUCACUGGAAGCGCCGACAGUGGUGUGGGAUGGAACGCCACUGAAAUGUGAGAAUAAAUAUAACAAUGAACUUGGUUGGGUGUGUUUUAAAUGCCGGGCGUAAAAAAAGUGUGGGCGAGGUUCCAACUGUUGAAUCACUUUUGUCGAGUGUGAUUGAAGGGUUACGAGUCCCUGGGACUGAUGGCUUAGAGAGUUAAUGAUCUGGCCCAGAUAUGCAACGUGGACUUUGAGCAAACCCUCAAUAAUAAUAAAAGACGAAGAGAAAAAAAAAAAAAAAAAAAAAA